AUGGAUUAUUUUACAAAGUGGCCUGAAGCGUAUGCGCUCCCGAACCAUGAGGCAGAGACGGUGGCAGAAGUGUUAGUGAGUGAAUUCUUCGCCUGUUUUGAUGUGCCAGCCGAGCUGCACAGUGACCAGGGCCGCGAAUUCGAAUUUCGUGUCUUCAGCGAGUGUUGCACUCUGCUGGGGAUACACAAGACUCGGAUCACGCCUCUCUUUCCCCAGAGUGACAGGAUGGUGGAAAGAUUCAACCGAACCCUUCUGCAGCAGCUAGCGAAGUACUGCGGGGCGGGGCAGGACGAUUGGGACGUUAAGUUGCCCGCCAUGCUGAUGGCUUACCGCUCCGUAGUGCACGAGGCGACCGAGCACACUCCCGCCUGCCUGAUGUUCAGUCGGGAGCUCCGCCUGCCCGUGGACUUGGCCACCGGGCGCCCACCUGACGUGCAUCUCCCUACUGUGGACUCGGACUUCGCCGCCGCCUUGCAGGAGCGGCUCGCAGAGGCCCAUCGUUAG